AUGUCAACCCACGCGAUUGAACGAAAACCUGUUCCCUCGUCCUCCAUUGAGGUCCCUCCUCCACCACCGAAAUCCGAGAAACAAGUUCGUUUCGCAGAGUGGACUGAGUCCGAGGGAGGACCUUCGGCCAUUCCUCCAAUGAUCCCUCCCAUAGCCAUCACCAGCUCGCUCCGUUCACCAUCCCCGGCCUCGCUUCAAAGACCACCAACUCCAACCGAGUAUUUUGACAUCCCAUAUCCACCAGAUACUUUUGACCCGGAUAGCGAUGUGCUUGAUUUGAACAUCCCCAGCACGCCACUUAGCCCGCGCCCUGAGCCCCACCUUGCUCUUCCCAUCGCCCCAUCAGCGCUGGCAAUAAAUCAAAUCAAAUCAAAUCGAUUGCAAAGAGACGCCGAAACCCGAGCACGAAACAACCACAUCUUCGCAGCAGCCACCAGCCUGUCAAUCGGCAUCACCCAACUCGAAGUCCGCCUAGGCGGCGUUGACCUAAUCCCCGGUCUCCGCCAACAAGCAUCCAUCUCCCGUCUCGAAUGCCAAGCCUUCUACAACUUCCUUUCCCCGCCUGACAAAGAACUUUUUCUCGUUGAACAACUCCCCAUCUUCGCCGCUCGAGUGAGUGCCCUAGCUUCCAGAACAGAGGAGUGUAACCUCCGUAUUCCGUGCGUGCAGGUCCUUGACACCAGGAUCGGCGUAGGCGGUGGGAAACAUGGGAAGGAGACGGUGAGAUGGGAAGUGGGGGAGAAGGAUGGACCGCCUUGUUGGAGGGAUCUGGCGUUGGGAGCGGAGAUUUUGGGGUGGGUUAGGAGAAGGAUGAGGGUGGCUCUUUGGGAGGAUUUACCGGGGGGGUUGAAGGGGUUGGUUGAGAGGCCUGAGGGGAGUCAACACGAAGAUGAGGAUGGGGAGGAUGGGGAGGCUAAUGGCAAGAGAGCUGAAGGAGAGGAAGGGAGACGAAAAAGAAUCGGGAGCAAGGUCAGGAAGCCAGGGUUUUUGACGCUGUGGCAUGAGAUGUUGAGACGGGAUGAUGUGGUUCUGAGGAAGAAGGAGGAGUUGGUGAAGAUGAUGAGGGAGGGUAUACUUUGCCGUUCUGGUUGA